UGAAAGAGAGCAGAGAAGACAGCAGCACGAAACGGGACAGUGUACUCUUGCGUACUCAUCGCUUCACACUAACAAUAAUACAAUAAUAUAUAUUUUAUGUGUUGAGCACUUUAUUCAAAGCUUUUUGCGCUUUUCGUUAUGAUACGAUAUAAACUGUCUUCUCAUCUGGCUUUGGAGUCUCGUGUAACUAUGCAUGGUCGUUAACCAUAUGCAUUGUGCUGGAUAAGGCGCAACGCACAGUAUGAAAGCUUAAGUGACUUACGGUUUAAAAGUAGCAGUUCUUUUGGAUACUCGACUUGCAACAGACUGGUCACUUUGAUUUAGAGUCUCGCGCCUGAUGAAAUGAGGAAAAACUUCAGCUUGAUCUUCACCUGGAUUGAGUCCUUUCUUCUGGAGUAGCACCUUCACAUGGCCAAUAUUCAAAAUGAUUUUUACAGCAUUUUACAAAACUUUUUACAGCUUUUGGUGUUCUGGAAAACUCCAAAAUCAUCUCUCUCUAAAUCAUUUGCAGCCAUCACUGGAUAUACAGGGAAUGAACUGUUAUUUCAGUCCAUUUGUCUGAAACAACAGCACUUUUGCAGACCAACAGGAGAAUAAAUUAAAAAGUCUUCCAGCAGUUCAUGAGCCAAAAGUCUAGGAUCUCCAGUUCUUAUGGCAGAAUAAGGGACAAUAAAGAAAAUAAUGAGCAGUGAUUUAAGGGCUGAAGGAAUUGUUUUUAUAACUCAAAGUCAAGCAGAAAAGGUAAUACUGGUUUCUUGUUUAUUCUGUGGCAUUUAACUUUUUUGUGUGUGUCAACAUAUUCCACAAAAAGCAUUAGAAACAGUCACAGUAUCUUCAACCAUGAAUUACUGCUCACAUUUAUCAGCCAUGACCUUCACAAAGGCAAAGCAUCACCAAUUUCUCAAACUAGCAAACUAAAUUACUCUUUCACCAGAAGACGUUUUCAUGGAAUAAUUGAUCAUUUAUGGUAAGAAUCAUGCAUAGAUGAUAUAAAGCACUGGUGAACCAUGCAACAUGGAUCUGUUCAACAGCUCAGAUGAGUUCUUCCUCAUCAAUGCUACAGUCAGUCCCACAACCCUGGAGUCCUGGGAUGACGCUAUGCCCUUCAGCCUACAGAUCUCCAUCUCUGCCAUGCUAGCAAUCGUCACUUUGGCCACUGCUCUGUCCAACGCUUUUGUGAUUGCAACCAUUUUCCUCACACGCAAGCUUCACACCCCCGCCAACUUCCUGAUCGGCUCUCUCGCAGUGACUGACCUCCUGGUGUCCAUUUUAGUCAUGCCGAUCAGCAUUGUGUACACGGUCAGAAAGACUUGGACUCUGGGUCAGAUCGUGUGCGAUAUCUGGCUAUCAUCUGAUAUAACGUUCUGCACAGCUUCUAUCUUGCACCUGUGUGUGAUCGCAUUGGAUCGAUACUGGGCCAUUACCGACGCCCUGGAAUACUCAAAACGCCGCACUAUGCGGCGAGCGGCGGUGAUGAUCGGCGUAGUGUGGGUGAUCUCCGUCUCGAUCUCUAUGCCUCCUCUAUUCUGGCGGCAGGCUAAGGCACACGAGGAGCUCACGGAGUGCAUGGUCAACACCGACCAGAUCUCCUAUACGCUUUAUUCCACAUUUGGCGCCUUUUACGUGCCCACGGUCCUCUUGAUGAUUCUCUACGGGCGUAUCUACGUGGCGGCUCGCUCCAGGAUCUUUAAAACACCAGCGACCAGCGGAAAACGGUUCACCGCUGCUCAGCUCAUCCAGAACUCAGCGGGCUCUUCGCUCUGCUCGCUGAAUUCCACCUCUAAUCAGGAGGGACAUCUUCAUCCUGGAGGAGGUGGAGGUGGGGGAGGAGGGUCUCCUCUUUUCACGAACAGUGUGAAAGUAAAGCUGGCCGAUAGCGUACUGGAAAGAAAGCGUCUUUGUGCCGCUCGGGAGAAGAAGGCCACCAAAACUCUUGGGAUUAUCCUAGGUGCGUUUAUAGUAUGCUGGCUCCCAUUCUUCGUGUUUACGCUGGUGAUGGGGGUCUGUAAAGACUGUUGGUUUCAUCCUGUGCUCUUUGAUGUGUUCACCUGGCUGGGGUACCUCAACUCGCUCAUCAAUCCAGUCAUCUACACUGCCUUCAACGAUGACUUCAAACAAGCCUUCCACAAACUUAUUAAGUUUAAAAGAUGCUACUGAUGUUAUACUCCUGUAUAACUCCUUUUGACACAUUCAUGACUUAAUUAGCAGAUUUCCUCUGAAAAUAUCUGAAUCCUGUGAACUUUCAUUGUUCAUAUGCUGUUGAGGACCCAUCGUACCCUGCCGUUUGUUUUUCAGUGAGCUCCUAAACGCGCAUACAGUGUCUGGUCGAUGUAGAUUACUGUUCUCAUAAGACAGCUUGUAAAAUAUCGUGCCAUAUUGUUGAUGCUUCCUCGUAGUUAAUGAAUGCAUGCUAAGAUUACAAAUCCUUCACAAGAGAGCAAUGUUCUACUGUCUUUGUAACCAAUAGCUGUCUAUAAACUGCCUUAUUUACCAGAAACAGAGUGAAAUUAAUAUAAAAGACACUUGAUUUAAAAAGAAUACCAAUGAAUGAAGGUUGCUCUUCCCAUAGGAAAGCAUAUAUGCGCCCCCUGAGGACCGUGAUGAAGUUUAUGAACAUUAGCAUAGACUCCCUAAAUAAAAAAGUUCAUUAUAUAAGAUUAAAAAAAGCUUUAAGUUUU